UGUAGUCUUUAGCUUGUGUUUAGCAGCUGGUACCGUUGUGCACAGCUGGUUAGCGCCGCUUAUGACUUGGCAGCCGAAAUCAGUGCUUCUCCCUCAUUAAUCCGGGCAGCUCGAUAACGCCUCAUGAUGACAGACGAGCAGGAGAUCAUGUGUAAACUGGAGAAUAUUAAAGAAAUAAGGAAUAAGACAGUUCAAAUGGAAAAGCUGAAGGCUCGUCUGCGGACUGAGUUUCAGGCUUUGGAGGGUGAGGAAAAACACUUGAGAGAAUAUAAACAGGAAAUGGACCUACUGCUGCAGGAGAAGAUGGCCCAUGUGGAAGAACUACGCCUUAUACACGCUGAUAUUAAUGUGAUGGAGAACACUAUAAAGCAGUCUGAGAGUGAUCUGAAUAAGCUGCUGGAGUCCACACGCCGGCUGCAUGAUGAGUAUAAGCCACUGAAGGAUCACGUGGAUGCCCUCAGAGUGACCCUUGGUCUCCACAGACUGCCAGACCUCAGUCAAGAGGAGGAAAGAUUGUCCCUGGAUUACUUUGAGAAGCAGAAGGCUGAAUGGCAAACUGAGCCUCAAGAACCGCCAAUCCCAGAAUCCUUAGCAGCAGCAGCAGCCGCAGCCCAGCAGCUUCAAGCAGCAAGAAAACAGGACACAAGACAACCAGCUACUUUUAGACAACAGCCACCACCUAUGAAGGCGUGUCUGUCAUGCCAUCAGCAGAUCCACCGGAAUGCCCCGAUCUGUCCACUCUGCAAAGCCAAAAGUCGCUCCCGCAACCCCAAAAAACCAAAGAGAAAACCUGACGAGUAACACACACAGACAGAAACACACACACACACUCUCACAUCAUGUACUUCCAUACACUCUCCUGUGCUGAACAGCCUAGCUUCCAAAAUCUCUUUGUUCUCUCUGUUCUCUUUUUCAUUUUUAAUAAGUUCUUCAUUUUAAUUGUUUUACAUGGCGACAUGUUGUGUACUAAACUUCAGGUGUAUACUAAUAAGAAAUGUUAGCAUUGGUUUAUUUUUGUAUUGCUGUGACGUCUGUAUCUUUCCAUUACGUUUACAUUUGUCUUGUGGUCUAGAAUAGAAACAGAAUAGUGCCAGAGAAAUUAUAAUGAACUGAAUUUCCAUUUCCAAAAACAGUAAGCCAGUUUCUAUAAUAAAAUGCAGUUCCACAGUCAUUUCAAAAACACAGUUCAAAAGUUUCUUCGACACACUUUCAAAUAGAAUAAAGUAGAAUCAAGUUCUGGAACCCCCACUCACAUUUCCAAGGUGAACGCUGGGGCCUAGGACACAGUUCCUAAGGCCGUUUUCACACCAACACUAUUUGGUCCGGUUAAAACGGACUCUGGUUCAUUUGUACCCCUCAGUGCGGUUUGAUUGAGUUCCAAAGCCAAAUCUAGAAUGCGCUCAGAUCCAGAGCAGGUUGUAGGAUCAAUUCUGGGACAGAUUCAAUUCUAAAGCCAGCUUCAAACCAAAUGCUAAAAGGCCAGCAGUUCCAGAGCUGAUUCUAGAGUUCUGCAGAGUGCAGAACUAGUUUUGGUAUACACUCAGUUACAGAGCCAGUUCUAGAACGCAGAUCUAGAUGACUCCAGAACCGGUUUUGGGAUGUAUUGUUCCGUGGCCAGUUCUAGAAAGCAGAUUCCAGAACCAGUUCUAGAAUGCACUUCGUUCCAUAGCCAGUUCCACCUUGUAUGCUAGAAAGCCAUCAGUUUCAAAGCUGCUUCUAGAGUGCAUUCAGGUCUGGAACAGGUUGUAGAACCAGUCUUUACACACUUUCAGUUCCAGGGAUAAUCUACACAUGGUUCCAAAGCUGCUUGUUGAAGACAGUCAGAUCUAGUGUGAAUUCUAGAACAGGUCCAGUUCCUGUAGUAACUUCGAUGGAUUGCAGAAGGUCUACAUACAGCACAUUCUGCACUGUCUGUAUUUUUAUUCAGUAAGCUGUAUGUCAAGUAUUAUUAUUAUUUGUGCGAUAUGACUGGAUGUUUUUUAUUAUUAAAUCAAGAAUGAUCACUAAACAUC